AUGUCAUAUGAAGGGAAAUCGUUACCAUUUUCUGAAAUUCCUCUUGUUGAUUUUGGACGCUUUUUGAAUGGAAAUGAUAAAGAUAAAGUCGAAAUUGCUGAACAAAUUGGUUCGGCUUGUCGAAAUGUGGGCUUUUUUUAUAUAAAAAAUCAUGGAAUUUCAUCCGAUCUUAUUAGUCGUGUGUACGAACAAGCGCGACGAUUUUUCUCAUUACCAAUUGAAGAGAAAAUGUUAAUUUAUAUCGGUUUAACAUCAUUAAAUCGUGGUUAUACGCCAAUAUACGAAGAAAAAUUAUCGUUAAAAGGUGAUUUAAAAGAAGGAUUUGAUUGUGCAAAUGAAUUAGAGGAAAAUGAUGUUGAUAGAGUAGAACGUGGUGCUCAACUUCAUGGUCCCAAUGUAUGGCCAAAAAAUUUACAAGGAUUUAAAGAAUGUGUUUAUGAUGAAUAUUAUUUAUCUGUUUUAAAACUCGCACAUCGUCUUUUGAAAUCAUUUGCCUUGGCACUUAAUCUACCAGAAAAUUAUUUUGAAUCAAUUACUCAAAAACCAAUGGGUACUCUUCGUCUUCUCUAUUAUCCACCACAACCACCAAUUAUCGAUCCCGAUCAAUUAGGUUGUGGUUCUCAUACCGAUUAUGAAUGUUUUACUCUACUAUCUCAAUCAAAUGAAAAAGGUUUACAAGUUCAAAAUGUUCUUGGUGAAUGGAUUGAAGCACCACCAAUUGAUGGAACAUUUGUAGUCAAUAUUGGUGAUAUGAUGGCAAGAUGGACAAAUGGAGUAUUUAUCUCAACAGUACAUCGCGUAAUUAAUACAUCAGGACGAGAAAGAUAUUCGAUACCAUUUUUUUUUGGACCAGAUUAUUUUACAAAAAUAGAAUGUUUAAAAACAUGUAUAAAUGAGAAAAAUCCACCAAAAUAUGCACCGAUUACAGCAGGAGAUUAUCUCGUGAGUCGAUUUAACGAUACAUAUAAAUAUAGACAAGUUGAAGACACACUGUGA